UUUUUACUAUCAUUUAUUUAUUUUUUUUGUUUUCAGAAUGCCGAUAAAAAAAUGUUUCUAUCGUUAUUCGUACUUACGACCAGCUUACAAAUUAUCAGCGUAUCAGGACAGGAAAUUUCAGUGGUUCGACAUAUUGACGGUGAUAUUUUUACUGUCGAGGGUUCUUGCGCUACUGCAUGCACAGCCGUCAGUAGCGGAACAGCGAAUCCUUACAAACGACAAAUAUCCCAAGUAUCUGAUGGCAUUAAUUCAUCAUCAUUAACAUCCAGCGUAACAACGAGCCCAGUCACCACAAACACAACCUGUGUCUGUCAAUGCAAAUCAGAGCUGGCUCUUUUUCGUGAGGACUUGAACAUUUGCGUGAGCGACAUCCACGAAUGCAGAGUCACAGGUUUUAUCAGCAAUGCCGGUGUUGUGGAAAGAAUUCCUUACGUAUUUUUGCCGCAACUUGGACAGAUAAUUUAUCCUCAAGCAGAAAUUCAAUUUCAGGUCUGCAGAGAUGCGUCGCCUAAUUCAACAAAUCCAGGUGUAUUUACACCGUGUGUCGCGUUUAGGGUCGCGGGUUCGCCAUCAAGAAGCAAUAUUCGAGAAGUUUCAUUCGUCUCGACUGGACCAUCUCACCAAGGCCUCUCAACACUCGAAUAUACGGCAAUAGGAAUCUCAAUCCUGCUGUUAGUAUUGAUAUACAUCGCAAGCGUGUCUCUGUACCUACACACCCGCAAAGCCCGCCGGAAAAGAAAUGCCCGGGACCCAGAGCUGACAAUUCCUAGCCGCGAGGCUGCGGGACUGAUAAAAAAUAAUCCUUUGCUGAACCGACACUUUGAAAGUGACAGCAAUAGCCUUCACAGCGAGACUAGUGACCCCGUUGGCGAGGAGUACAAUCCAACUGACUCCGACACCGGAUUCGAGAAAGUAACCUCUGCUAUUAUUCAUCCCCAUGCGAUGUUUGUCGAGCAUGCUAACGACUCAAUGAUGGGUUCGUCAUCCUCCGCAAUAAUUGCUGAACGCUUGCCCGAGGAAGAUGUCAGGAUUGUUGAGACUGCUGAUACUGCUAAUCAGUUUCAGCAGCAAUUGCAUCACCAGCAGUUUGAUAUGUCGGUAUUACCGGGUAUUCAGCGGAGAAAAUUGUAUUUCAAUCCGGCUUACUUUGAUCGACAAUUACUGUUGGCUCCACCACCAGCAGCCAUCGAAUUCAUCCUAAAAAUCCGCGAAGUGAUAUCCAUCGCCAAGCACAAAUUAACUGCUAAGCGUUUCAUACCGACUCUCACCAAAAUUCCCGAAGAAGAUAGCGUUAGUUCAGAUAAGUGCAGCACCUCCCACAAGCGCGCAGCCUCAUCAAUCCGAAGUUCAGUUACAAAAUCCCGGAAAUCUCAAAAAUGUACCGGUUGUCCAGGUUGCUUGGACACCCGGCAAAUAUCAACCAGUAACGGCAACCUACCCUUGCUAAAUCUUCCUGACGACCAUUUGCGUCCAGUUGGGGAAAGUCGGGUCCGUGCUUGGCUUGAAGACAUCAAGCCUCCUUCAGAAUCGCGGCGUAAAUUAGAUAACAACAACAACAACUAUCACUACAAUGGUUUCAAUAAAAACCAACUACAAGACAAUUCGCGUGUGUUUGCCCGCAGUCUGGAAUAUCUAAACGACAUUCCGCGACGAAACACCAGCAGAAACUCCCUGACAACCUGGAAAGAUCCGCCGAUGCUUCGUACUUUCCAGAAUAUUGCACUAAGUGAAUGCGAUGACGACCAAAACAGCCAACACAGCGUCUCAAAACGCUCCACCAAGUCGAUGUUUGAAGACACCAACUACGACCGGUAUUGUCGCACCCGCAAGUGUACUUUACUCCAACAGAAGAUCAACACCAUCAACGAAGUAAACCAAAUCAACGACAAGGUUCGGAAGGCUAUUGAAAAUUCGUUCAUUAAACAAAUGGAGGAAAAUGCGGCUUUGGAAAGUCAGAUUGAAUCAAAAAUGAACGAAAGACGCUUUUCCCCGGACGGAAGCUCUGAAAAAACGAAUUUCGAGUCCUUGAACUCUCUAAACUCCUACAAAUCUCCAAGUAAUUCAGAUAAAUCCGCUACUGGAUCGCCUUCGAUGGUUCAGGUCUUGCCCGACAUGAUUAACGAGCUUCCUAAUUCAAAGCUACAAGCCAAGAAAAUAAUGGACGCGGUUAUCAAGGAAAUGGUCGACGUGAAGUUGGACAACAAGAUGGAGCGCAAGUUGCUGGACAUCGACUAUGAAGUGGACAGUCUUGAGCGAACCCAGAAGCGUUUGGAGUCAAACUUGCUUAAUAAGCACCUCAAAAAACAGACUGAGAACCAAGAAGAGGUACAACGGAAAAAUUACUACAACAAACUACCGGAAUUGGUUUCAAGGAAUGAAGGAUACUCGUUAGUUAGCGAAGUUUACGUUAAUGACGGGUACGCCAGUCCAGCAAACAGCGACGAUUCUGGACCAGAAAUCAGCUACGAGCCGGAACAACCAGGUCAUUUGACGAUCAAAGUUCAAGAUUCUCCGGAUAAUUAUGUUAAGUAUGAUGAAUCUGAGUACGAGCCUGAUACCUUGGAUCGCAAGCCCAUGAAGUUAAAGAUCAAUGGGGAUGUUAUCUAUGACAACAAAGAAGCUAACAAUGAAGUUUAUGUGGAUUCUCUGGAACGGCCGUCCCAGAUUUUGCUGAAAAGCAAAGGGAGCUUCAGAGAUGAGGCGAAUUUAGAUAGUACAGGUGAUGAAAAUGACAACAGAAACGAAAAUGGGAAUCGUAAUGGAGGAAAUUCGCUGACGCGCGGAUACGGAAGUUUGAGAGAAAUCUACGAAGCGAGACUCAGGAUGGCUGUUGAUAGGAAGAAGAGCCGCCGAGAAGGGAAGAGGGGUGCUAAGAAUCCUGGAAAAGUUGAGGACUCUGGGUACCUCAGCAGCACGGACAGCAAUGGCUCCAAUAAACACUUGCUGAAGUACGAAUUUGGCAGUGUUUCCGAAACUGAUGAAAACGAAUCGGUUUGCGAUGCUGCUGAAAGUGAGAGCGGAGCAGAGAGCGUCGAUACUGAUAGUGUGUUUUUUGGGAACUUCAGAAAACUCACGGCAGGGGACCAGUCCAAAAGCUACGACUCGGGGGUAGAUUUUGCGAACUAUAUUAAAGAUAAAGGAAAGGAGAAAGAAAGUUUUAAAAGUGAGGAGAGAUAUUUUUUUAAUAGUGAUAGCGAACAUGAGAGCUUUGUUACUGUUUUACCGCACGAGGGUAGGAAUAAUAGUCUAGUGCUUUGA